CCACAGCCACUCGAAGCCAGUCCUAUCCAGAAUGCGGCGUUAUCUAGCCAAGAGUUUGAUCUACCAACUUGUUUGAAUGAACGGUUUCGCUACAACCUCUAAAUGCACCGUGCAGCAUUAGACGACAGGUUGCAGCACAGCUUGCAUUGCUACCCGACGAGAGCUCUCAACGCAAGGAGCUGAUGCGUGUCCUACAAGUGCGUGUGCAUAACAAGGAUGCGGGUACGUAUUAUUGAGCUCCCGCGGGCAACGUGCGUGCUCGGCAGGCACUGCGCUUCGAGUGCCAAGAGGACAUACUACGACAUACUCGAGGUUAGCCCGAGCGCCAAGCAGAACGAAAUCAAAGCGGCAUACUACAGGCUUUCCAUGAAAUACCACCCCGAUAAAAAUAAGGGGGGUAGCGCGUCUAGCGAGCACUUCCAGGAUAUCACCACGGCGUACGACACGCUUUCGAACGAGUCUCUGCGGGCGCAGUAUGACGAGAAGAUUGGCUCCUCCCACACGGCGACCACUCUUCGCAUAAAGAGACCGACGCCGACGAGACGCGCAGCGCCAAUGGGAGGCCGAUCGCAGAUAUACAACUUCGACGAAUUCUACAGGCAGCACUACGGGGACGCCGUCAAGUCGUACCAGUACCGCAAGAAGAAGUACGAAGACUUUCUGCGAGAUGAGGAGGCACACAUGAAGCGAGAUAAAGACUUCGGUGUAUCCAUGGCACUGAUUGCAGUUCUCGCCCUUGCAGUGUAUGCUUUCCACACGUGGGAGAAGUCGCAUGACAAGCCGACGCCACCCGAGAAUCGAGAACGAAAAACAUAGACGGUAUAAACGCUCUUUAUUAAAUGGUGGUGUGGGGAAGGGGGAAACCUUGCUUUUGGAGUCACAAAGCAGCAGGCUCUUCAAGGUCUGAAAAUUUAAACAUGACAAAUUACCAUAGUCGCACUCACAAAAUUGACCCGUGCAUUUUUAUUUCAUCAGACCAGUGACUCACUCGUCUCCCAGUGCAGAGUUUGGUUUGUACAGCAAGGUCUGGGGUGGUGACACGAGACUGGAAUGACGCUUGGUAUGUCGAGAGGACCUCCUCACAGGAGUCAUCACUGCGACACUCGGACACUGUUUGCCACGGAGUGCUGCUGACAGCCUGCACAGAAGAAGUGCGCAGCUUGCAUGUGAUGAGCAAGUAGAGCACACAUAGACUGGCUACUUACUGGUUUAGGCUAGGUUUCUCAUACACCUUGUAGUCAAUGAUUGUUGAUGCAAACACGUUUUCUGUUGACACAUG